AUGCAAUCAGCCAUGUCUAAAUUUAAGCUUUCUUUGUCUUCUUUCCGACUAUGUCGACCUAAAAGAUCUUCGUCGGCGGCCACCCAUUGCUUCUCUCCUUUCAACCCUAAAGUUCUCGAGAUCGCUUACCCAACUACUCCCUCACCACCUCCCACCACCCCUAACUACCAACCCCAACUCUCCAAAUCCAAAACCAAACUUCUCGUCACCACCCCCGACAUGAAUAACUCUCCGGUUUCUUUUGAGCCAACAGAUAAUGUUAACAACUCCGGUCACCGGAAAAUGAUAAAGAAGAAAGGUAAGAAGGAGAAAAACAASGUGGGUUCUUCUGAUGAAAGUGGCUGCUUCAGCAACAGCGACGGUGAAACCGAAAGUGUAAGCGGCAGCUUUGAUUCAUCUAAGAAGCUGGAGACUGUUGGGUAUAAAUCUUUGGGUGGCGCCGCCGUAGAUGAGRCGGUGGUGUACGUUAAGAAUGGUGGUGGAAGGAUGAAGAAGAUGGAGGAAAGAGGGGGGCUGAUAACGGAGAGCUUGACGGUGGUGAAGUGGUCGGAGAAGCCGUAUGAGGAUUUCAAGAAGUCGAUGCUGGAGAUGAUUUUGGAGAAAGAGAUGAUGGAGGCUAAGGAUUUGGAGAAGCUGUUGCAGUGCUUUCUGACUCUGAAUUCCAGACAUCACCAUGCCGAUAUCGUCGCAGCGUUUACGGAGAUUUGGGAGCUCUUGUUUGUUUGA